AUGGCAAACCUGUCGGAAAAGGACCUCGUCUUCUCGGAGCAGGCGAACCACAACUUCUCGCGCAUCCUCGGGGCCCUCAAGCGCUCCAACCUGAGCAUCGAGAACCGGCUGCGGUCCAUCCGCGACGACGCCGACUUUGUGGCCUCUGUCCACGCCGCUUAUGCGACGGGGCCCAACACCAGGCGGCCUCUGGUGGCCAACGAGCGCUGCGGCUCCUGGUACGUCCCGCCCGAAUCCAAGGGUGGUUCGGCCUACUUCAAGAGCACCGACGGGCACCAGGGCCAGUGGAAUUUCAGCACGAGGCGGCUGAACCUGCACCUGCUGCCUUUGAUCAGCGAGCAUGAUGGAUGCAUAAUCGUGGACUCGACGCGGAGGGGCAAGAGGAUCCCCGACGCGCUCAGCAAGACCAUCCCGAUAUGGUGCUGCGUGCUGAACCGGGUCCUGUUCCCAGACCUCGCACCGCACGCCCACGACGUCUUCGUCCCGCCCUACGCAGUCUCCGACUCGGAGCGCGCCCAGAUGCUGGCGAGGAUUCCCGAGCACGUGGCCUCGCUCAAACGACUGGAUCUGGACCUCGAAUCGCUCAGGAGCCAGGUGCGCAAGCCGCUGCGGCCCAUGUGGGUGAUCCAGCCCGAAACUGGCGCCACCACCGCGGGACUGCCAGGCUUCGACGACGACGAAGACAACGGCGGGCAGGCGGCGCCGGCGGCCACCAUCUUUGAAGACUUCCACCCCGUCAUCUGCUGCACCAGCUCCCGGCGCGUCGUCGGCACCGAGAUGAGCGAGUCGGGCUACAUCCAGGGCGCCGGCGACGACACGGAGAACUGGGCGCACGGGCUCACCGCCUCCGUGUUCUGGGCGCACGCCGACCGCCUGCUCUCCACGCCCGAAGCCAACCUCGCGGACCUGAUCCGAUCGCUCGUGUCGGAAAGCGCCGCCGCCGGGUCCGCCCAGGGCGGCGGCACAGUGGCCGUGCGGGACCUCACCGGCUUCCUCGCCGUGGCUGCGCUGCCGUUACCUCGCACCACGACGGAGCAGAAGAGUGGCGCGUCGCCCGUCGUAGUCCAGCUCCCGCCGGUCGUCACCAAGCCCGAGACGUGGCACAAGUCGCCGACCCUGCUCGAAGUCGGCAUCGGGAAGGGCAAGCUGGCGAGUCGGAACCUGCGGCAGGCGCUGCCCGCCAUCUGCUCCUUUGUACGAGACGCCGCGCUCAAGCAGCAGGAGCAGCAGGAGCAGCAGGAGCAGGCGGGGGAGGGGAUCAAGGUCCUUAUCGCCUGCGAAACCGGCAAGGAUGUGUCGGUCGGUGUCGCCCUGGCGCUGGCGUGCCACUGCUUUGACGAGGACGGCAACGUGCUACCGGCAGAUCGGGCGCAGGUCGACAGACGGCCGGUCACCAAGGAUUCCAUCAGAGUCAGGCUCGGGCGGAUAAUGACGGCCAUGCCAGAGGCCAACCCAAGCCGGGCUACUCUGCAGAGCACACUCGGGGAACUCGCUCCAGUGCCUCAUGAUGGUGCAUGCGCCGGCGACGUCCUUCAGAGUCUUCUCCAUCUCGGGCUUGAAGGCAUCCUCGUAAGGGCCCACGUAGCCAACCGUCUUGAUGCCGGCCCUGCAGGCGCUCGAGGUGCCGCUCUUGGAGUCCUCGAUGGCGACGCACUCUUCGGCCGAGAAGCCCAGCUGCUUCAUGGCGUGCAGGUAGAUGGCCGGGUCGGGCUUGCUGGUGGGCGGGUUGAUGCUGGUAGCGGCGCUGUAGACGCGGUCGCCAAAGUACUUUUUGAAGCCGACCUUCUCCAGGCUGGCGUCGAGCCGGCGGCCCGCGCUGCUCGACACCACGGCCAUUGUGUACUUGCCCGACUCGUGCAGCGCCUCGAGCUGCUCUACGACGCCCUCGCAAGGGACGAGAGCCUCCUUGAGCUUGCCGAUGACGACCUCCUCCUCGCGUUUGACGUAGACCUCAAGCUCGUCGGCCGUCAAUUCCAUGCCGUGCUUCUUUUGCAGCGUCAACAGCAUGCCGCGAAAGUUUUGGCCGACAAACUCCUUGAUCAACGUCUCGCCCGUGAACGGGGGAAUGUUGAGACCCUUGACCUCGCAGAUCUGGUUGAUGAGGCUUGCACAGCCCUCAAAGGCGAGCUCUUCGGACAGCACGAGCGUGUUGUCGCAGUCAAAGAGGAGAGCCUUGAUCGCCAUUUUUUUUUGUUCCUUUUGUUUUGGAGAUAG